AUGAUUAAAUUUCCUUCUCCUCAUGAUCGUGUACUUCCACACCAGAUUCAAGUUACAUUUCCAGAAGAUUUAGCAACAAAAGAAGUUACUCUUGAUCGAGUGAUUGGCUCUCUUAUCGGAUUAGCCGUAGGUGAUGCACUAGGAGCCAGUGUUGAGUUCCGGCCACGUGAUUAUCUUCUACAUCAUCCUGUUUCUGACAUGCAGAAAGGAGGCACAUGGGGUCUUAAUGCAGGUCAAUGGACAGAUGAUACAUCUAUGGCAUUAUGUCUCGCUUCAUCAUUCAUUACUAAACGAUGUUUUGAUCCUUACGAUCAAAUGGUUCGUUAUAAAUGGUGGUAUAAAUACGGUUUUCUCUCAUCCACUGGACAUUGUUUCGAUAUUGGUAGUGCUACACGUCGAGCGCUUGAUGAAUUUUGUCGUCGUCAAAGAUUUCUAAAAAAUUUCUAUCAUUGCAAGACCGACGAAGAAGUCGAUCGACUUCCACUAGAGAAAGUUCUGGGCAUAAAAGGUUUCAGUCCGGAAUGUAGUUCAGCAGGUGUCGCUGGAAAUGGAGCUCUCAUGCGUCUUGCUCCUGUACCCCUUUUUUAUUUUCGAUCACCUGUGGAAGCCGUUGGCUAUGCUGGGCGUAGCGCCACAUUGACUCAUGGAGAUGUAAUAGCACGCGAUGCUUGCCGAUACUAUGCAGCACUUAUCGUAGCGGCUAUCCAUGGUGAAUCCAAAGAGAAACUAUUAAGUAAUGGAUUCUACAGCAAUCAUCGAGAUUGGUUCGGAUCGAAAAAUCUUCACCCAGAAAUACUUCAGGUGGCUCAAGGUUCUUACAAGCGACCUCAUGGGUAUGACGAUGGAAUUAGAGGCAAGGGAUAUAUAGUGAGUGCGCUGGAGGCUGCUCUGUGGGCCUUUUAUUAUGAUGACGACUCAUUCGGAAAAGGGGUUCUUGCUGCUAUCCAGCUCGGAGACGACACUGAUACUACAGCAGCCAUCUAUGGUCAGUUGGCUGGUGCUUGCUAUGGCUAUCAAAAGAUUCCGGAAAGUUGGCGACGACAGCUCUAUGCUGAUAGAUUGAUUACUAGUAUCGGUCAUUGGCUGCAUUUUCUCGGAAAACAGCAGCCUAAUACGCAACAACAAUUACAAAAAGUGGCUGUAAAAUACCCAGUUCUCACUACAAAUUCUCAAUCUCAAAAUCGACAGCUAAAUGUUGCAACAUCUUCGCGCAAUGGAAUACAAUCGAAUACAUCUGCUCCUGGUUAUAUGGGCUAUUCUCUAUAUCCUUCUCCAUCAUAUGCUGCGUCAACUCAAGUGUUUCGACAAAGCAAUCCUCAUGGUAUUUAUAAUUCCGUCAACAUUGGUCACAAUAGCGACUGGAACCAGCCAUCUGUUGAUUCAUUGCCUGCUCUAGAUUUACCCAGACAUCAAGGAACCCUAAAAUCAUCCGGUUAUUACAUGCCUGCCAAUUAUUCCAGCAAACGUCCCUACUAUUAA